AUGUCUCAAGGCUUGCAACCUCCCACAAUGGGUGGUGGUCAUAACAUCACUACAGCACCUACCAACCCCAUCAUCAAUACCGCAGAAUCCAUUCUUACCCUACCUCUUGUUGGAAACAAGAAAGCACCGAAGAAGUUCACUGGAGAUUACAGAGAAGUCUCAAGGUUUAUCAGACACUUUGAAAGGUUGUGCCAACAACAUGACAUCACUUCAGACCAAGACAAGUGCGAGACUAUUAGACUCUACUGCUCUACAAGUGUUGUUGAGUUCAUUGAAGGAUUGAAGUCAUUUAUUGAUGGACAGUGGGAUGCAUUGAAGAAGGAUCUAGAGAAGUACUAUGAUGCUGCUCUCUAUACUCAGCGUUUCAAGAAGAAGGAUCUUACAGAGUUUGUGAAGAAGACCAAGUACAAGCGUAUGGGAGACCUAGCAGCAUGGUGGAGAUAUGCUAGAGAUUAUAUCAAGAUUGGUGGAUGGUUAAAAGGAAAAGGUAUUGGACGUGGUCUGCGGUCUAGGAUUGAAGCAAGACUGCUUGCAUCUCAGCCCACUAGGGAUAACUCUAAACCCUAUCUUAUGAAGGAGGUAUCAGAUAUUGCGGAAAAAAUUCUGCAGAGAGAAAAAUUCGACGAGUAUGUGGAAUCGGAUGACAGUGAUGAAUUUGGAACAGAUUGGUCUGGCGAUUCAGAAUCUUCAACAGAAGAGAGCACAGAUGAGGAUAUCAGGGUAGUCGAGGCAAGGAAAGCCAAAGCAGAGAGGAAGAAGAAGGAAAGUAGGAAGAAGGUUAGAUAUGAGAGGGAGCAUCAAAGUCGCAUGAAGGAACCAAGAAGUGGGGAAGAGCGCAGACCAAAAAGAAGAGGUACACCACCUCCUUCUGCUGCGAAACUAAGACAGAGUGAACAACAGGACGAGAUUGAAGAACUCAUCAAGCAAAUGAGCAAGAUGAAUAUCAAUGAUCCAACCUAUGGCUUAGUCUAUUAUAGGGCAUUAAAGCUUGAUCCAACAGUUGCAGCAGUCGUGCGGGCUCCUAGAUUAGAUACACCUCCACCAUCAAUCUUGCCAGAUCGUAGGGCUCCUGCUAGAGAAGCACCACCCCAUAUGACGUCAGGAAUUUCUCAGCCAAAUUUCCCACCUGCUAGACCACCAAUCUCUGAAAUGAUUUGCUUUGGCUGUGGUGAAAAGGGCCAUGGAAUUUCAAACUGUGCUAAAGUUGCAGAACUAAUCAAGGAUGGAAUGCUUGCUAGGGAUAAUGGAGGAAGACUUACUCAUGGAAAUGGAGCAAGAAUCCAAAGAUUCAAUGGGGAAUUCAUUAUUCAAGCUGCUGAACGUGAAAGGAAUCGAUCAACUAGAAGUAAUCUGAUCACCAUUGAUGGAGGUUCAAGCACACCCAAUCAUCAUUCCUAUCACACAGCAAGGUUCACUUCAGAUCUGGAUUCAGAAUCUGAUUCAGACGCAGGUUCAGAGGAUGAAAUCUAUAUGGUACAGCAGACAGAAGGCAGCUUAUGGGAUGUAUAUCCAGUCGAAAGGACAGAGAAGACUCUGCACAAGAAAAGAAAAAUGGAGUUUGACGGAGUAUACCCACCACCCAGAAAUAAAUCUCAAGCUAAAGAGAAACAGAAAGAAAAGGAAGAAAUUCCUAGGCCGAUCGAAGUAACUAGAAUUCCUGGAGAAAAGGUUGGUCAUCCUCAGAGAUGGAAAGGUAAGGAACCUGAAAGAAGAGGAGUGCAAUGGGAAGAAACAAGAGGAAGGAAGGAAGAAGAAGAAGAAGAGGAGGAAGAGUUACCUUCAAUUAAAGUGCACCGCGAUAGUGAUGGAGCAAGAAGAACUCAACAAACUGAGGGAUCAGGAAGUCGGGCAAGUAUGCCUGAGAAUGUGCUACCACCAAGAGUGAUGGAGCCAAAGCGUAGAAAGGUGGAGAUCACACCAAUAGAAGAACCAAUGAGGUUUGAUCCCAACAAUGAUGACGAUUUUAUUAUGGAAGAUGCUACACAAGGUACUACAAAAGAGGACAAAACCAAGAGAAAUCCUGCUAAGAAGAGGACACCUCGGCAGUCGGUGAUUUCCACUAUCGUAGACCCUAUGGCAGUGCUCGGACAAAUCUUGCGGUCACCAGUUCAGUUGCCUGUCGGAGAUAUUUUAGGCUCGUCAAAAGAACUGGCUAAUCUGCUUACCAAAAAUCUGCGGCCAGUUACAUCUUCGGAGGUAGAAGGAAAGUCUCUGAUGGCAAAAAGGGAUCAACAGGAAAAUUCAAAAGGAAAGGAAAGAAAUACCUUGGAGAAUGAAUCGACAGAUGAUCAGUCGCAUAGACCAUUGAUCAAAAUACCAGUUGAGAUCAAUGGCAUAAUUCUUGAAGGAAUAUUUGACACUGGUUCGAACAUCAACAUAAUCAGUAAAGAUGCUUGGCAACGAGCUACGCGUUGGCCGAUGAAUAUGAAACGAGGGAUAACAAUGAAAGAUGCAAACGGAGGUGAAGGUUACUUACCGGGAAUGCUAGCAAAUGUUCCGCUUCGAUGCGGGAAUAUUCAAACGCGUGCCGAUUUAUUUGUGGCGCCGCAUGUGUCGUUUGAGCUCCUGCUUGGUAGGGCCUGGCAAGAAACUAAUCUAGUGGCUCUAGACGAAUUACGAGAUGGUACUUACCUUUUGUUCAAAGAUCCAGGUGAUCCGGACGAAAUCUUACACCAGUAUUUUGUGGGACCGCGUCGGGGCCCGAGUGUGAGUACCACUGGUAUAAAUGGAGCUGCCAGGAAUAAUAAGAUAGGACAAGUCAAUAAAGUGGAUGCAGGGAAGGGAAUAGAAGUAGGGGACUCACCGAGUGAUAACAACUCGAGAACGGAUCGAGAAGGGUCGAGUAUGGGCGAGAAUCAGCUAGAAAAGGCUGGAAAGGAAGAAAAAGAGUUAGCAAGGGCAGAGGAACAAAAGAAAGUAUCACAGGACCGGAUGGAGGGACGCGUCACCGUAGGAGCGAGAAUUGAAGAGAAACACCUAGAAAUAAAAGCAAAAGGUAUAAGUAACAAGAUAGCUAAAGAAGAGGACGUACCAGCAUCCCUUUCCACUAUGUCUGGCACCGCAGAGAUACGCCUUGACUACAUACCGCUCGUUGAGACGGUCGCAAACCUACCGCUCCCAACGUGGGAUGGAGGCGCGAGGCAGACAGCGCUUCAGGCUAUUCAGCAAGCGCUCACGGAAAUUGGAUACCUACGGCGUACUCACCAGCUCACUGACCAGAUUUUGACCUCACCUUAUUCUAUCGCUCUUGAUGCCGGUAUUGAGAAUGGAUAUACCUAUCAUUCCUCGAUCAUGCUACAUGUUGCUCAGCUGUCUUCGCAUCCCGGGGAACCUUUGUCGUUGCGGAUCGGCCAUUCGUUCGUCAAGACGUAUUUUGGAUUGUCGGGAGGGGUGUCGGAAAGGGUUGAGUACCCUACGCUUCGAAGCCAGGUACUGUUCUUCAAUACGGAAAAUCCUGUGAAUAGAAUUGUGAGCGGACAGCUUACUGAAGAAGAAACGCACUUACAGGGUAAUGAUACGGCGCCGACAGGCAUUCACGCACCUCCGGUCAUUGAAGCGAUAGAAAUCGACUCACCAGCUCCAACUCUACAGUUACCGGAAGACAACGAACUUGAGGACCAGGAGCGCGAAGGACCUAUGGUUGGACCAGUGUCAGUACAGGCAAAUGAAGGGAUAGGGUCGGUGCGUUUUCAGAGGCUGCUUGAGAGGAUCGAGGUGAUUAGAAGGGAAAGGGAAGGAAGGGUUUUGAAUGAAAGGGAUGGAGACUGGAUGGAAGGUGACGAGAGGCGUCAGAAUAUAGGUCAGGGGGACGGACCUUUCAACGAUGGAACCAUUGAUCCUGGACUGCUCAUGGCAGAAAUCUCAGAGCCUCCUUUUCAUCGGCUUGUCGACUCCUAUAACUCCACUCCUGCUCCGAACAACUCUCGCGAGGCAUCGGUCUUGCUCUUGGAAUGCGCACCAGCUAGCAUGCAGAGAGAGCCGGUAGCGACGAGGGAAGGAUUCCUGGAAAACAGAUCAGUAGGACAGAGGGAAGAAGAAGGGACUCACAGCUCAGACGACAGGCAGGCAGCCGCGUUUGUUAUGGCGCGUGGGGAGUACGCUUCAGUGGAUUUGAGAGAUCAGUAUGGAAGGCAGGCCGCGUUUAUCCCUUCAUUAGCGGCACCUGAAGUGCUUUCAGCCGGUGACGACCAGCCUCAGUUCGUCCGUAGGGGAAGCUUUGUUGAGGUGGCCAGUACGGGUGAAGUGGUAGCAAGGCUUGACGAGGCACCGAGCAGUUUCCCUGAUGCGGGGUACCUAUCCGACAUCGCUCACACACAUCCCGUUACUUUCUUUGAACUUGCGGAUCAAACGGUUGUCGGCUACUCACCUAAUAUGGUGCCGAACAUCCCUAUCUUUCCUUUUAUCCCUGGCGCUUCGUACUUGCCGGCUCUAGCUCAUGCAACAAUCGCAGUGGUUGUCUUCUGGAGAAGAAGGAUCCAGCGCUUGGUCCUGCGAGUAAAAAAGAACUUUGAAGAACGGGAGGAGGAGGCGUCAGAGGAGGAAAUAAUAGAGAAGGACUCAGAGGUCCAGAGGGAAUUAAAGCACCCGUGUGUUAUCCAUCUUCUUGAUACACCUGGAAGUCACUCGGAUUUUGCAAGUUUGCUGGUGCAUCCACGAGACUGGAGCCCACUCUUCACGGUGGAAGAGGGCGCAUUCUUCAGGACGACCAUCGAUUACUUCAGGCUCGUUGGAAGGUGGGAUUUUGCUGAGGCUCUGCAUACGCUGCUAGGACUCCAUUUUGCAGAUGACGACAUUAUACGGUGGCUAGUCAACAGCAACCUCGCGGAUCCACAGCGCAGCACUCACCAAGAUCUUUACGACAAUUCCUUUCGGCGCGCAGAAGCGAAGGUCCACGCGCUCAUCCUGCGUGAGGAUCCCUGCAUCCGAGUUUCAUUUUUUCUAUCACCCAAACCUUGUUUCUUCAUGCUUGAUCGAAUUUUGGUUACACUCAUAUUGGACUGCUUGAUGCUUUUGGCUUAUGCAUUCGGUCUGUGUGUACGAUACAACGAUUCUGCACGUUUUGAGAAUGGGCGAUUUAUGCUCGCGUUGAUCGGAUUGGGUGGCGCGCUUCUUUUGAGCCUACAGGGCAUUCAUUUUUCAUUUACAGCAGGCUUGUAUGCUUGGUUUUUACGGGUCUGGAGAUGCCCGCAUAUUGUAGAGCAAUGUGAACGCGUCUACAGCUAUGUCGACGAGAAAUCAAGCUCACCAAAAGCUCAGUCCAAGGAGCCGGAACCGGUCCGAGUGGCACACGUGAACGCAGUGGCGGCAAAUCGGAAUAUGCCGAGCCACCCUGAGAAUCAGUUCUCGGGUACAAUGUAUAAGCGAGUCGAUCAAAAGGUGAAGCCAGUGGCUGGAACGUUUCCGGAGUUUGCCCGAGUCACGAGGCAAUUCCCGGAAGAUCCCUUGCUUAGUCUGCCGGUUUUGACUCCUAAUCCUCCGGAAUUCAAGCCAACAGAAAGGAUUUCAGAGGAGGGAAUGAAGAUGUUGCUUAUUAAUGAGGAAGGAUGGCUUUGGCCAGAAGAAAUCAAAGGCGUUGGCAUUCAAAGAAGAGCAGAGAGGGACUUUCAAGGAAUCAUAUUUCUCUCCAUAUAUUAUUCCAGUUGA